AUGAUACCAAUGGGUCUCAAAUCACUUCAUGUAAGAUUCUAUAGUUUUGAAAAAGGGUUACUCCGAUCAAUUUUAACUCUUGAACGUUUGAAAAUUAUAGAUUUUGAGGAUCAGACACUAGAACCAAAUAGCCUUCCCCCAAACCUCAAAUAUACAGCCAUAAAAUUAAUAGCGAAUCAAUUCCACAAAACUUAG